GGGCGGGGGCAGAAGUAGGCUGUGGGCUGUCAGCUCAGCAGGUUUCACUACUUUGUGGUUAAAGGUGCAGGUGUAAUUUACCAGCGUGGAAUUUGCUGCUCAUUCUUUAACCCGGAACUAUUGAAUACACCUCAAGCACAAUCUCCACCCUCUUCGAAAGCAGGAGUGGCAAAUAAGUUACCUAAAUAUCGGGAAACACAAUCAGGAGGACGGAGAGAAACCGAGUCAGGAAAUAUGAGAAGAUAAUUGCAAAAUGGCUGUCAGAUUUCAAGAACCGUUUGUAGAAAUGGAAGAAACUCUGAUAUGGGAGCAGCACACAGUCGUGCUAAAUCGGGAUUCGAAGAUCGGAUUUGGUAUUGCAAUAUCUGGAGGAACAGACAAACCCAAUAAUACCACUGGAGAAACUGCCAUUCUUGUUUCAGAUGUUGUUCGAUCUGGACCAGCUGAAGGGAAGAUUCUGAUAAAGGACAGGAUUGUUAUGGUGAAUGGUGUUUCCAUGGACAAUGUGACCUCUUCUUUCGCCAUUCAGAAUCUAAAGCGCUCCGGCAAAUCUGUGAACAUAACGGUGAAGAGGCCCCGUAAAGUACAGAUUCCUGUGACCAAUGCAGCUCCAGCUGCCAGCUAUUAUUCCAGUCGACCAGACUACGCCCAUGACGAUGCCUCUGAUGAGGAUGAGGACUAUGAUCCAGCUGACAGGAGAUUGAGAAGGAUUCAGAACCAAAAUCUGUACCACGGUGACUCCCAUCACAAUAAUGACUAUGACCAGGAUUCCAGCAGAAACUACAGCUAUGACCGAAGUCCCAGCCCCUCAAGGAGCUAUGAUCGAAGUCCCAGCCCCUCAAGGAGCUAUGAACGAAGCCCCAGCCCCUCGAGAAGCUAUGACCGAAGCCCCAGCCCCUCAAGGAGUUAUAACUAUCAACACAACCACCAGGAUCACAGUGCUAGGAGGGUUAGACGAGAACACAUCCCAAGUGAAAGUUACCAUGAUGAGUUUGAGGAUGAUGAUAUGCAUUACGAUCGGGCUAGGAAACCCAUCAAGAGUUACCUUAUUAAAAAUAAUUCUAACGAAGAAUACGGCUUGAGGUUGGGCAGUCAAAUUUUCAUUAAACACAUGUCAUCGGAUGGCCUUGCUUCAAAGGAAGGGGUCUUAAAGGAGGGAGACAUUAUACUAAAGAUUAAUGGUGUCGUAACUGAGAAUAUAUCACUGGAAGAUACGAGGACACUAAUUGAGAAGUCAGAGGGGGAGCUGAGGUUGGUGGUCUUACGAGAUAAUGAACAGUUUCUGAUCAAUGUUCCUGAACUGGUGGACAGUGAGGAAGAUAGCUUGGACGAAUUUUCAGACGUUGAGCCUGAACGUACAGAUUCACCAAGUGAUAAUCGGUCAAAACACAUUGUGGUGGAUCCUCCCAACGCAAUGAAGAGUAAUGGAAGCCUGAAGCCAAAUGCAAAACCAGUGUCAGAGAUGGACGUCAGUCCUACAGCUCCCAAACCCCGCCAUGAUGCAGUUGUUGAUGAGCGAACAUAUGCUGUUCCUAUAAAGACUUCAAACACAAGGCCACAGGAUGGAUAUAAUGUUGGCUACAGUCCUGACAUGAAAGUGGCGAGGUUUGUCAAGGAUGCCAGUGUUGGCCUGCAGCUGGCUGGAGGCAAUGAUGUUGGAAUAUUCGUAUCUCGAGUUCUGGAUGAUAGUCCUGCAGCCAGACAGGGAAUCCAGAAAGGAGACCAGAUUCUGCAGGUGAACAAUGUCAGUUUCCAAAACCUCACCCGUGAAGAGGCAGUUUUGCUCAUGUUAGAUAUCCCGAAAGGAGAGCUGGUGGAGAUUAAAGCUCAGAGGAAGGAGGGCAUUUAUCAGAAGAUGAUCAACUCAAAUGUUGGAGAUUCCUUCUAUGUACGAACACACUUCGACCAUGAGGUUGAAGGAACACAGGAACUAAGCUUCAGGAGAGGUGAGGUUUUCCGAGUUGUCGACACCAUGCACAAAGGGAAGUUGGGAGCAUGGUAUGCCGUGAGAAUUGGCCAAGACUUCAAGGAACAGGACAAAGGCACCAUUCCUAGCAGGAACAGGGCUGAACAAAUCGCCAAAGCUGAAAUUACUCAGAAAGCAUCAUCCAGUUCAUCAAGUGGAGCACGGGCAGAAUUCUGGAGAAUGCGCGGCCUGAGAGGCGCAAAGAAAAACAUAAGGAAGAGCAGAGAUGACCUUUCAGCAUUGACUAUUCAGGGCAAAUAUCCCCCCUAUGAAAGGGUUGUUCUGAGAGAAGCCCCUUAUAAAAGGCCUGUUGUGAUUCUUGGACCAAUUUCUGAUAUAGCUACUCAGAAACUGGCCAGCGAUCUUCCUGACCAGUUCGAACUUGCCCAAAUGGUACAGAGGAAUUCCGAAGAAACGGGAUCAUCCUCUGUCAUCAAACUUGAAACUGUACGACUAAUAGCUCAAAAGAACAAACAUGGCCUACUUGAUAUCACACCUUCCGCCAUAGAGCGACUAAAUUAUGUCAAGUGGUACCCGAUUGUGGUAUUCUUUAAUCCAGAGAACAAACAGGAAGUGAAAGCCAUGAGGCAGCACCUCUACCCUCAGUCAAGGAAAAGCUCCAAGAGUCUGUACAAUCAAGCUGUAAAGCUGAGGAAAUACUGGUCUCACCUCUUUACAGGUACAAUAAAUCUGAAUUCUGGUUCUAGUGCCUGGUAUGAAGCUUUGAAAGCAACAAUUAAGGAGCAGCAGACUCAGGCUGUGUGGUUUCCUGAAGAUAAGUCUGAAGAAACAGGGGCUGAGAACCUGGAACUGCUGAACCGAUCGACCAGCAUGAGCAUGGAUUACCUGAGCUGUGAUGAGAGCAGAGCAAACAGUGAUUACGAGGACACAGACGCAGAAGGCGGAGCUUACACAGAUAAUGAACUGGAUGACACACUAGAUGAGCCUGCAAUCAUUAGAUCUUCUGAACCAGUUAGGACUGAAGCAUCCCACAUCUCCAUGGAGCCAGCCCAUGAAACACCAAUGGCCCACUCACCGAUCCAGCCUCAGGGUCAGUACAGGGAUCCUCAUUUCGCAAGGCUAGAUAAACAGGAUCUCAAUGCAAUCACAUCCAGACGAGAUCUAAUCUACAGUUCGGAUGAAGACGAUAAUGACGAUGAAUGGAAUGGACCAGCCACUGAGCUAUAAACCAAGGCCCAUCAAACAACUCUUCUUGCGCUGGAACAAUGUUUAAACAAUCAAAGGACAGUUCUACUGCUCUAAGCAGUAACUAAAUUUGUUUUUAACUCCUUCACAAAUGAUUUAUUUUAAACAAACAUGACAUUGUUACAAUAAUUCCCACUUCUCAGUAAUUAGAAAAGAGGCAAGUGCUUUGACAGAUAUCAUAUCUCAACUUCUGAAACACUAGGUGGAUUAAUGUAUCAUUCAGCAUGGUACGUGACUGGAUUUUUCCAUUCAAUCCUUGGUCUGUGUAUAGUUAACUGAGUACUGUGAAGUGAUUUCAGGGUUACACUUGGAUUCAUGCGCUACCUUUCCCCAAGUCCAGAAGGACAAAGCUGUCAAGGCUUCUGUUCUGGUAGUUAUUCAACAGCUCCUGAUGGAAGGUACUUGUGUCAAUGUCAGUUGCACUCUUUGUUGAUUUCACAGACCAAGAAUUAAACCUGAGACUCUCUGAAUCCUGUGCUUCUUAAUAGAAUCAUCUUCAUAAGACAUUCUCCUCCACAGUUUUAUUGAAAACAAUUGAACUGUGUGAUCACAAAUAAGAACAAAAACAUGAGAAACAUCAGCAGUUCAGGACGCAUGGAGUAAAAUAGAAGUAGGAAAGUCGACAUUUUGGGCCAGAACCCAACAUGUCCUGAAAAAGAGUCCUGACCUGAAAUGUUGACUUUCCUGCUCCUCUAAUGGUGCCUGACCUGCUAUAUUCCUCCAGUUUCACACUGUGUUGACUCUGACUCUAGCAUCUGCAGUUCUUACUAUCUUGGAGUAAAAUAGAAUGCUCCUUUCAGUUUGAUGUCUUUUCAUCAAAGGAACUGCUGCCCAAAGUUUUCUUCAGAGGGUUUAUGAUUGUACUUUCACUGCACAGGAAAUUUCUGGUUUGUUUCAGUGAUAUGCCUAGAGUAAUGCACUGAGUUAUUUGCUAGAUGAUGUAAAUAAAAAUUAUUUUAGGAUUCUUUUUAUUAUGAAACACCCCACCAUACCAACAAUUGUACUCCACUGGCAUAAUUGAUGGCAGAGACUGACGAAUAUUUCAGAUUCAAUCAUAGUGCAAUGUUUUGUUUUGAUUCACUCACAGCCUGAGUGCAGCUGGUAAUAGUCAUCAGCCUUCCCUGACUGUCCUUGGGAAAAGCGAUAGUGAACUACCUUCACCUCAGUCCAUCUGGCACAGAUACACCUGGAAUGCCUUUAGGGAAGACAUUCCAAGAUAUUUGCCCAGUGACAAUGAAGAAUGGUGAUAUAUUUCCAAGUCAAGGUAGUGCAUGGCUUGGAGGUGAACUUGCAGGUGUUGGUGUUCCAAAGAAGGGUACUCAAAUAGUACUCAAUGUCUCUGUUCUAUGUAGCCUCUCACUAUUCAAUGAUCUCAGCAGGAAAGGGCACAUUAAGUGGCUGCAGUGAAAUAUAAACAGAAAAAUGCUGGAAAUAAUCAGUGGUUAGGCAGCAUUAGGUUUGAAAAGCAACAAAGUUAACAUGUCAAGUCGAUGGAACAGGCUUUAAGCAAGUACAGAAAAGGGAGGUCUCAGGCAGGGUGUCUAAAAAGACCAAACAACAAAAGGGAUGCUGAAGCAAGACAGGGGCAGGGUGAUGGAACAGGAAACAAAAUUGGAUCUAAAGGAGGUUUAAAUUUAGCUACUGUGUGAAAAUAUGAACAGAGGCUAUAAGUUGAAAUUGUUGAACUCAAUGUUGAGUCCAGAAGGCUGGAAAAUGCCUAAUCGAAAGACGAAAUGCCGUUCCUCAUUCAUAGUCUGAGUGUCAUUGAAAUAUAGAAGGUCAAGGAUGUAGGUCUGAGUGAGAAUUAGUUAGCAACUGAAGUGACUGCAUUCAAUAAUAAUAUUGUCACAUCAAACAUUCACAGAAUCCUGAAGGAAAAUAAAUCAUGAAUAAAGACCAAAAGAACUGCAGAUGCUGUAAAUCAGAGACAAAAACAGAAAUGCUGGAAAGGCUCAGCGGGUCUGGCAACAUCCAUGGAGAGAAAGCAGAGUUAUGUUCCAGGUCCAGUGACCCUUCCUCAGUACUGUGGAAGAGUCACUGGACCUGAAAUAUUAACUCUAAUUUCUCUCCACAGAUACUGCCAGAUCUAACGAGCUUUUCUAGCAACUUCUAUUUUGGUGUCUUGUAGUAAAUCAUGAGUUAAUCCAAUGAUGUGCAGAAAUGACAAAUAUAUUUCAAAGUCAGGAUGGUGUGUGGCUUGGAAGAUGACUUGUAGCUGUUGGUUUUCCAAUACAUCUGCUGUCCUUUUCCUUCUAGAUGGUAGAGUUUGGAAGGUGAUGCUAAAGGAGCUUGAACAUGUGCUACAGUGUAUAGUACACAUAGCUACCACUCUCCUUGAUGUAGUGGAUAAUGUGUCCUUGAUAAUUUCAAUUUUCUUGCAUGUUGUUGGAACUGCACACAUCCAGGCAAGUAAACAAUAUUCCACACACUCCUGACUUAUGUCUUAUGGAUGGCAGAUAGGCUUUCCGAAGAUGGAAAGUGAAUUAAUCACUACAAAAUUCUCAGUUGAGUACAUAAGUUGGAACAUCUUACUGCUUCCAAGUUUAACACUUUUUUUGUCCAAACUUUCACCUAGUCAAUGUGCAGAUACACAGAUCCCUUAAAAUGGCCACCCAAGUGGACAGGGUUGUUAAGAAAGCAUAUGGUGUUUUGGCUUUCAUUAACAGGGGGAUUGAGUUUAAGAGUCGUGAGAUCUUGUUGCAGCUCUAUAAAACUUUGGUUAGACCACACUUGGAAUACUGCGUCCAGUUCUGGGCGCCCUAUUAUAGGAAAGAUGUGGAUGCUUUGGAGAGGGUUCAGAGGAGGUUUACCAGGAUGCUGCCUGGACUGGAGGGCUUAUCUUAUGAAGAGAGGUUGACUGAGCUCGGUCUCUUUUCAUUGGAGAAAAGGAGGAGG